AAAUGAAGAAGGAGAAGAAGAAGAUAGUCGGUGAAGCUACGGGGACCGGGAGGAGGAGCAUCGAGCCCCGGGCCUGUGAUGUGUCGGAGCUGUAGUCUACAUUCAGAGCUCCGUUGGAAAAACUGGACGUUUUAGCCGCUUUUAGCCGCAGCUGCUAACCGACCUGUAGCCGGAGCGGCUGGAACGAGUUGGAGCAGAUGGGAGCAAAAGCACCCAGGUGAUGUAAGGCGAUGCUCGCUCGGCCACCAUGGCCAGUGUCACUCUGCGCUACUUCUGCUACGGCUGUCUCGUCACCUCAGCCACCUGGUCCGUCCUCCUCUUCCUCUACUUCUCUCUGGGGUCGGAGCCUGGCCGUGGCAGGACCCCCGUGCAACACCGCAGCCAGCCAAUCACCAGAGGCCUGGCUGACCGCGGGGCGGAGCGUCGUCCUCUGCCGGCCAUUAAGGGAGCAGAGCUGUCCCCGGAGAUGGGGAUGAUAUUCAACGAGGCGGAUCAGGAGGUCCGGGACACCGGCUAUCAUCGACACGCCUUCAACGUCCUCAUCUCCAACAGGCUGGGCUCCCACCGAGAGCUGCCUGAUACCAGAGACUCCAAGUGUCGGGACAAACCGUAUCCUACAGCUCUACCUUCUGCCAGCGUCGUCAUCUGUUUCUUCAACGAGGCCUUCUCCGCUCUGCUGAGGACCGUCCACAGUGUGCUGGACCGAACGCCGCCCUACCUGCUGCACGAGAUCAUCCUGGUGGAUGACCACAGCGAGCUUGAGGAGCUGAAGGACCAGUUGGAUCGAUACGUCCAGGAGGAGCUGCAGAGGAAGGUGAAGCUGGUGAGAAACCAGAGGAGGGAAGGACUCAUCAGAGGACGCAUGAUAGGAGCCUCACAUGCUACAGGUGAGGUGCUGGUCUUUCUGGACAGUCAUUGCGAAGUGAACCGGGCGUGGCUGCAGCCUCUCCUCACCCCCAUCCAGAAGGACCGCCGGACUGUUGUCUGCCCCGUCAUCGACAUCAUCUCUGCCGACACGCUCGCCUACUCACCCUCACCCAUCGUCAGGGGCGGCUUCAACUGGGGGCUGCACUUCAAGUGGGACCCCGUACCCCCCGCCGAGCUCAAUGGGGCGGAGGGUGCUACAGGACCCAUCAGGUCUCCUACGAUGGCAGGUGGGCUCUUCGCUAUGAACAGGAAGUAUUUUAACGAGCUCGGCCAAUACGAUGCUGGCAUGGACAUCUGGGGCGGAGAGAACCUAGAGAUCUCCUUCAGGAUCUGGAUGUGUGGUGGUCAGCUGAUCAUCGUCCCGUGCUCCAGAGUCGGCCAUAUAUUCAGGAAGCGUCGACCCUACGGCUCUCCAGGCGGUCAGGACACCAUGGCCCAUAAUUCUCUGCGGCUGGCACACGUGUGGAUGGACGAAUACAAGGAGCAGUAUCUGUCUCUGCGUCCAGAGCUGCGUGACCGUGGUUACGGUGACAUCAGCGAGCGUGUGGUGUUGCGGCAGCGGCUGCAGUGUCGCUCGUUCCGCUGGUACCUGGACACCGUCUACCCCGAGAUGCAGACUGUCGCCAAUGGCAACAAGCAGCAACAGCCACUGUUCAUCAACAAAGGCAUGAGGCGGCCAAAGGUCCUGCAGCGAGGACGGCUUCGUAACCUAGCAACCGGCCGCUGCCUGGUGGCCCAGGGCCGAGCCAGUCAGAAGGGCGGAGCCGUUGUCCUGCGACCAUGUGACCCUCGAGAUCCUGAACAGGACUGGGCCUACGAUGAGGAGGGCCAGCUGGUCCUUGCAGGGCUGCUGUGUCUGGACGUAUCCGAGGUCCGAACCUUUGACCCGCCUCGAUUAAUGAAGUGCCACGGCUCUGGGGGGUCGCAGCAGUGGGCACUGGGGAAGUCCAAUCGUCUCUACCAGGUCUCGGUUGGUCAAUGUCUGGCCGUUGCUCAGCCGAUUGGACCAAAGGGUUUUGUCUCUAUGGCGAUAUGCGACGCUUCGCAGGCGCAGCAGUGGCAGCUGGAGGCCUGAGGAGGACGUGAUGGAUGGAUGGACAGACGACCUCAGUCGUGUCUUAGAGACAAUCAGGACAAACUGUUGUAAAGGUUUUAGUUUUCGUUUCUGCAGCUCAGGAUGAUUUUACUGCUCGUGAUUCUGUUUUAAGCAGCUGCUUUUAAAACACUCCCACCGUCUGUCCAGGAGAGGGCCGGAUGGACAGUCCUAGAAGGUCCUGGAAUCAUUGGAAUUUCCACACUGUUUCAUUUGUUUCAGAAGAAGUGAAGCAGAGUUGAGGACACAGGAAGUCCUUCAAUGAUCUGGAACGUCCUGAAGCCAAAAGUUUGUCAAAGAGAUGAAGUCCUGUGUGAAGGGAUGUACUGGCUGUCCUCAGCUUUUCCUGUGAGACAGUGACACAUUUAGCUUAGACUGGAUGAAUUUUCUCAAAGUGACUUUAUGAUGUAACAUCUUUAUGUCAUGAUGAUGUCGUGUGGUGAUCUUUGUGUCACUUUUUAAAGUUCGUCUUUGUGUUGUUUCAUCAUCAAUAAAUCCUCAACAUGA